ACUUCACGCUUGCGCACUUAGGAUUUAUCGCUGAUGCAAGAAAUUUUUGGAGGAGAGACGGAGUGAGGGGCUGAGUGAGGAAGAAAAGACAAAUAACCUGUGUCAUCAACUUAACAGCACGCAAACAUGUCAGGAGACGAAGUAAGUAAUCUCAGACAAUUCGUACUUUGCAUGUGCUCAAUUUUUUUCUUGAAAUAUUGACGAGAAAUAUGAGUUUAUGUCGUUGUUGAGGACGUCGGGCCUCGGCGCUGCUCUCACAUGGCUGCAGUCGAGCUAAUAACGGGCCGAGCAGCCAAAACGACAAGAAAACACAUUCACUUCACCGCUAGGACUCGAGCUGUCACAUGCUGCCGAUAAGUAAUCUCCACGACAGAUCAAUCCGUCCUCGUUAAAAAUGCGAAAGUGGAUAGGAAGAAUGACAGAUAUAAAGUACAGACGUGCAAGCUAUCCGAACUACGGCGCUAACGGCCGAUGGUCGACAAUAGAAACAAAAAGAUGUAAAUCACUGCAGCUUUGUUUGGAGUCAACAGUCAUCAGACUCAUGACAUUAUCUACUGGCGACCAUUAUCUGGACGACUAAGCUUAGUGCAUUUUUCAUUUCAACCCACGAUGUUACAUUUGAAACCUAAAUGAUGGUUGGGGUUGAACAGGCCCCCCGCACAAACUAUUUCCGGUUCUUCUUUGUCCGUUGUAGCAGCUGGUGUGAUUUUUGGUCUUUAUACAGUUUAUUAUUCAGCUUCCACGGUAACUAGAGAUAGCUUAAGUAUCUCAAGUCAGACGGUGGUUGAAGAACCAACCAUCUCCUAUGCAUAUCAAAUGUGGUAAUUGAGGCGAUUUUACCAACCUGUUAUUUCAACAGUAUUCAUCGGUUUUGAACACAGUUAGUGGCCUUGUCCCGCAAAAAAACUGUUUUUGGAUGGGUUAUAUUGUUGAGCAACAACUCGAUCUUUGUUCAUAAGCACAAUAAAAUCGUGUACUAAACAUCAACUGUUAAUGGUGGAUGUACUAUAUAUUCUGCGCUUUCUCUGAUUGGAUGAUCACUCAAAGUCCUUUUAAAUGACAUGCCAAAUUAACCCAUUCACGCUGCAUUCAUACACUGAUGGCAGAGGCUGCCAUGUAAAGGGACUCUCAUUUUAAGUGAUCCUAUUCACACAGCACUAGCACAGCUUCCAGCGAGCAGUCUUGGCAUAAGUGUCAUGCCCCCAACCUUCAGAAAUAGAGACUGACUCUGCCACCAAGCCACAGGUGCCCUGUAUUAAAUCAAAGAAGUAUAGUGUGUAGUUGUAUGCUUAAAAAAAGUACACAGCUAACGGGUAAUUUUCAAAAUUCUGUAUGAUGGAAUUCAUUCCUUAACUGGCCACUGUUAAGCAUAUUGUCAACAUCCACUGUCUCCAAAGACAUUUAAAAGGAAAAAGUACCCUACAGUAAUGAAAAAUAAGAUUCUUCAACUUACACUUCUCAUAAAGUUAUAACACACACUGCGAAGCAUGGAGAAAUAAAACAAACUAGCAGGUAACAACACCCCUGGAGGUGCUCCUCGGUCUCUGUAAAGGUACAGAGCUAGCAUGUGCUACUCCCGGUUCUAUUCUCAUUUCAAAAUAAAAGCACGUGUUUCAAAAUAAGGUCCAAAUAUAUAUGUUUACUGCAAAUAAAUAUCGGUUCUAAAUAUGGGUUAUUGGUUUCCCUGAUUACUAAAAAUCGUUAUCAGCCCUAAAAAACUAUAUUGGUGGAUCAUCAAACAAAAACUGACAUUUCUUUUUUUGUCAUCAUCAGAUGAUUUUUGAUCCCAACAUGACUAAAAAAAAGAAAAAGAAGAAGAAGCCUUUCAUGCUGGAUGAGGAUGGGGGAGAAGGAAUGGGAGGAGAAGAGACAAAAGAGGUGGAGAUGAAGGAGGCUGAACCAGAGGCAGGAGAAGACAAGGAACUUGAUCUGGAUGAAGAUGAAGGCAGGAAGAAAGGUUUGGAAGGAAAUGGAGAUACACUGACUGGGGGCUUUAUUGAUAGUGUUAAAUCACUCCAGGGAUGUGACAUUGUACAUAUAACUCCCAGUGUGUACCAAAUUUGAAUGAAUCGGUGUUUGUUUUAUCACCUCCAGAGCCAUCUGAUGAUUUGAACGAUUUGAAUUUCUUCAACCAGAAGAAAAAGAAGAAAAAACCCAAGAAAGUAUUUGAAAAUGAUGUUGAGGAAGGAUUGAAGGUCAGUUUUACCAGAACCCACAACCAGUUUAUCUUUUGUCAACAACAGACUAUGUCAGUCUUUGUCAGUCUCCUCUUUAUUUCAGCGCUUGUGGGUCAUUCUCUAUCAGCCCUUAUACAAUACUCUGCCUUUUAUUGCUUUGACCACGUUGAUAUGUUCAUUAUUCAUCUCUUAGCUGAAUUUAAUUAUCACUGGUUCAAAUCAGGAGUUGAAAAUUGAAGGAGAGCAGACAGAUAUGCUGGAAGAAGACAGCCUAGACCUGAUGCUUCCCACUAAGAAAAAGAAGUCAAAGAAAGUAGACUUUGAUGAGGGAGAGACUCUGGAGAAGGAUGAAGGUAAGAACAAGGAACCUAAAACCUGAAAAAUACUGCUUUAAUCCCAGGAUGAUUACCACAAUUUCAGCAAUAACGAACCAUCAGGAUAUAAUGUAAGACGAUUAAAUGUGUGAACCAACCAGAUUUCAUGGUGUCUUUUCAGCUCUUGAGGAUGACGAGGGGAAAAACAAUGAUGGAAUCUCUUUCAGCUCUUCCACAGGGCCAGCUUGGGCUGGCUCAAAAAGAGACUAUACUUACGAUGAGGUAGGAUAGCCAUCUCAACAAAGACACACCCACAGAUGAUCAAGCUCUAAUCAUGAACAGACUACCCCCCUCUGUCUGAGGAAGGGGGGCUUUAGUACACUCAGGGACAUUUAGUUUUGAAAAUACUUUAACAGAAGAGAAAAUGUCUUCAUCCUUAAAUGGUGGAGAAAAUUAUCUUGAAGACUGGCAAGAAAGAAAAUAAAACCCUCAAUUGUCAGUCAUAGUAAUAUUUAUACUUAAUAUAAUUGGAACAGAAACAAGCUCAUUUUUCAUCAGACUUCAGCAGCUGGUGUCAUUAUAAACUAUUAAGAUGUGAACAUGAACAAAAUAGAAACUGUAUGGAUCAUUGUCAUUUACAUAUUACCAUAAAUAUGUGAACUAUUCAGAUGAGAUAUUGUACAAAACAGUUCUCUGUCACUCUAAAGUUGCCUCAGAUUCAUCAUAUUAUAUUGAAAUUUCUGGAAUUCGCAUAUUCUGACAGACUUAACAAAUGGUGCUUAAAUGAAAGCACUGACCCACCAACUCCAUUUCACGCAUUUCAAUGCAUCACAAUGUCUCUUAAAAGUAAAAAAGUGUUUGAAGAUUUCAUCAUGAUGUAACUUUUAGCAAUGUCAACUGCAGUUUCAGUAACUUUAAGCACUAUCUUUGUCUCAGCUCCUGAAUCGGGUCUUCAACAUUAUGAGAGAGAAAAACCCUGACAUGGUGGCUGGAGAGAAGAGAAAGUUUGUGAUGAAGCCUCCUCAGGUGGUCCGAGUAGGGACCAAGAAAACUUCAUUUGUCAACUUCACUGACAUCUGCAAACUGUGAGCCUCUUCACCUUAUAUCCACUGUUACAAUCAAUUCUGGUUUACUUAAUGGGUCAACAUUCACCAACAUAAACCAACUCACUUUUUUUUUUGACAAUGAUAAAACCUUUUAGAAGUGCUUGCCACUUCGCACUGGUCAUUAUUUAAAGUCAGACUAGUAAUUUAAGGAGUAAGAUUUGAGUUGGGAUUUAAAGGCUGUCUCUGAGUUGUUUAACUAAGCUUGCAACCAAAUAACUUUUUGAAAUGUGAUCCCCAGAAAGAGUAGCUGCUGACAGCUUAUGGGGAUCUAGAUAAGGGAAUAGAGGAUCUCAAUAAAGAAAUAAAAGAUAAAAAUUAGUAAAAGGAUGAUUUAGAAGGGGUCUAAAUUAAAGGGUAUAGACAAGUGAAAGAAAUUUGCUAUUGCCUGACAGCCAGUGGGAUCUGAAAUUGCUCCACUGCAUGUGUACUGUUGUCUUGUAUAUGGCAGGAUGCCAGUUGAAACACAAGGGAAAAUAUUACUAGAACUAAUUACAGAAACUGGAUUGGUACACCAUAAAUCAUGUCACUUGUUCAUACAUUCUGCAUUGUUAUUCAGGAUUUAAGAAAUUACUAACUGAUCUUUUGCGUAUAACAUCACAGGUUGCAUCGUCAGCCUAAACAUCUGCUUGCUUUCCUGUUGGCCGAGCUAGGAACAAGGUAGGAUCAUAUAUUAUUUGCAAUAAAAUUAAUGAAAAGAUAAAUCAACUGCUGACUUUCAAUGCUUAAAGGGAUAUUCCAGCGUAAGAUUAAGUUCGGUUCAAACAAACUGUAACACCAAGUUAGAUACCCCGUUGAGAGAUGAAUGUUCUCGACAGCUGGCUUCUCUAGUUAUACCGCCUUUGGUAACGACCACAGAUAGCAAUACAGUGUGCCAUGUGCUCAACCAAAAGCCACUCUUUAGCCACAAAUAAUGCUCAGAACAGCACCUAACUUCAUCAACAGUACAUAUAGGAUCCCAGCCAUAGCACUAGCCACCAAACAUUGUUUUAGCUUUGCCUGAUUUCUUGAGCAAACACUACUAACCCACUCUCUUCCAGCAGCUACUUGUUUGUACCGAGACCUCUGGGCAGGUCCAUCGACUGCAGCGGGGUUGCGCAGCUCAAGGAAGAACAUCAAUGAUCAUUCCUUUGUGGAAAUUCAUUUAGACCGAGACACUAAGGCAGAAGAACUACCACAUCUGCCGUGCAAAUUGAUUAUUAUGAUGAUUAUUACUUCAAGGAAAUGCUAAUGUAAUGAUCGUAACUGUUCUUCCUUGAGUUACACAUCCCCACUGCAUUAGAUGGACUCACCUGGAGAGUGGCUUUUUGGAUGAGCGUGUGGCUCUCUGUAUUGCUAUCUGCGGUCGUUUCUAAAGUUGGUAUAACUAGAGAAGCAAGUGGUCGGCAACAUUCAUCUCUCAAGGGGGUGUCUAACUUGGUGUUAUGGUGUGUUUGACCCUGAUUUAAUUUAACGAAAUAUCCCCUUAACCACACUACAUUGCAGCAGGAAUUGCUGCAAUGCACUUUUGCAAUUGCACUUUGUGUUUUGGGAUGGCAGAGCCUCUGCGGGAAUGCGCAAAUUGGAGGGCAAGUGUGUAGGGGUUGUAUUGGGAUUGGGAUUCUUUAUAACACAAAGUGCAUCUGAUUUGUCUGUGAGUUUUCUAAAGUGAAGUAUGCCCUUCAAAACCAGCAGCUGGCAGCAGGAAGACACUGCUACAGCCUAAGUAUGGUAUGCCAAGAGAAACAAAGGAACACAUGUUUUAAGUCUCAAUCCUGCAGUCCUUAUAUGAAUGUUGUUGAAUUUUUGUCAGCUGGAAUCAUGGUUUCACAAAGAGGUAAUAUUUCAUUGUGUGCUGUUAGUAAGAAUGUUUUUUUUUUUUUUUUUGUCUUUUUCCUACAGUGGGUCCAUAGACGGCAAUAACCAGCUUGUGAUCAAAGGCAGGUUCCAGCAGAAACAGAUAGAGAAUGUGUUGAGAAGAUAUAUCAGUAAGUUGCAAGCCUUUAUUCUUAGUGAAAUACAUAAAUAUUGACUUCAAAUGAAUGCAAUAACCCCUGCAGUAUGGCUGUCCUACAAAACACCACAGGCAGUCAGUUUAUAGCUUUGACCAUGAAUCUACCUAUGCUAAGGACAAGAAUCCUGCAUAUUUAUUAAAAAAAAAAAAAAGUCCUAAAUGAAAAUUCAUGGCAUGAAAUGUCUUAAAAGGUCUUAUUAUUUUGACUUUUGAUACGUUUCAAAUUGCCGCUGACUUAUACUGAGACAUUUCCAAAUAUUUUGUCAAAUGUACACUGUCUGGGCUGGGUUAUAUAAUUUUAUUUUACACCAUUGCUUGUUUAGCAUAUUUUGUACAUAUUCGCAAAGUGGAGAAGAGGAUAAAAAAAAAAAAAGUUUCAAGCACUUUUAAAAUGGUAUUACGAUAAGAAGAACUUUAUUUACCUCUUAUGUUUUUAUGAGGCAGCUUGCAAGAAAAGCUUUUAAACUUUUAGAAACGUAUCCUAGUUUUCGAAACCACAGUGGAAAUGAUGCUGGAGUGUAAACCUAAUAAGAUUCUUCAAAGAUUUCAAAUAAUGAAUACUAGUAGCUGUUUGAUAUUAUAUACAAGGAGCGUACCUACAACAACCUUUUUUUUUAAGUAUUUAUUUAUACAACAAAAAUAAAACGGAGUAAUAGACAUUUGAAAAACUCUCAAAUUGCUCUGUUUUUUUUGGCUUAUCCCAAUGACUUAAAUGCCAAAUUUUUCUGCAGUUUCAUAUACAACAGAGAAAAGUAAUACCACACUGAUCCUGAUCAAACUGCUCGUAUUGAUAUGUUGUUUGUUCCACAACUCUUAAAGCUGUAGGACUAGUCGUGAAUUGAAAAUAGUCUGGAAAAGCAAUAAAAUAUCCACAGUAUAACUGAAGUGCCUUGGUGUGUUUUCCCUGUGGCCUUAUUGAAUCUUACAAGUUCUUCAUUGUUAAAGGGAUAUUCCAGCGUAAAAUUAAUUUAAGGUCAAACACACCAUAACACCAAGUUUAGACACCCUGUCGAGGGAUUAAUGUCGCUGACAGCAGUCAAUUUCACCAUUUAAAAGUUCAGUUUAUGUGUAUGGAAAGGAUUUAUUUAGUGUGCUUCAUGCAAAACAAGAUUAGUAGGUCCUUUUCAAUAAAUUGUUGUUGUUGUACAUUACAGCACUUCAAAACUUGCUGUUCAGUUAUUUAUUUAUUCAUUUAUUUUUUUUGUUUAAUUAAAAACUUGAUUGUCAGCAAUAGCAGUAGUAGGGCCACAAAUCAUCGUGUUAUUCGGUGUGGUUCACCAAACUAACACAAGCCCAUCUGUUAAAACUCAAAGCAGAAAGUACAGCUCAAAAGCAUUUAAAUAGAGUUGGUGCUAAAAAUAUUCCCUAAAAAAGUAGAAAUAUUUAAAUAAAGACCCAGCAUUUUUUUCGCUCUGCACUUAGCCUCUAGCUCUGCGUGUCAGCACUUGGGUCUGUUUGGACUUGGUACUUCUUAAUGUUGUUUCCCUCCUGUCUAGAUCUGUGCUUGCACUGAACUUACUUUCAGAUGUGUAUUUCUUUGAACAAAAGUUGAAUGAAAUUGUAACACUGUGUACUGUUGUGCUAAUAGCAGUGUUCUCGUCCUUGUAGAGGAGUAUGUGACAUGCCACACCUGCCGUUCUCCAGAGACCAUCCUACAGAAGGACACUCGCCUCUAUUUCCUGCAGUGUGAGACUUGCCACUCCCGCUGCUCUGUUGCCAGCAUCAAGACUGGCUUCCAGGCAGUGACAGGCAAGAGGGCACAGCUCCGGGCCAAAGCCAACUAAAGACCGGGCUCCUUCCCCUCUUCUCUGCCUUUCCCUUUUUCUCCCAGAAAUGCAGAGGCCUGGGAUUGAAGCCCCUUGAUUCUUCAUAAGACUCUGAAUUGAACUGUAGGAGGGUUUGCCCGCUGUUUAUUUGUGUCAUGGCCCGACCAGACACAGUUUGAGAGAGUAUCAAAAGAUGAAAUGGGGUUCAGGAAUUGUUAUGGUCAUGUGUACAACAUACAUUGUUGGAUGCAUUUUAGUAACUGUCUGGCGAAUGGACCCUCAACCUCCUACGCCUUUUUUCCAUUUCUUUAGUUUCUGAUCACUGAAAGAAAAGCCUGACUCAACAUGGCCUUUAUCCUUCAUUUUUUCUUCCCUUACAUACUUUUUAGACAUGAGUGUUUCCUCAGAUAAGUUACACAUCUACAAGUUGUAGUCACAGUUGGGAUAGACAACUUGAAGAAGACCAGCAAGAGCAAGCUAGUUUGUGAUACUGGGCAGCAGCAGCAAUGCCAAAGCCACUCUCCCUGGUUAAAAAACAUGCACUUCUUGUGUAAUCCAUAACAGAAAGGUUGGGAGACAAGUGCAGGACAACGGUCAUUGCCAACCCUGUGCAGUCCUUUACCUGCCAUCUCUUUAUUACAAACUUGCUUUACCUUGUGACAGACUGCUCAUGUUUUGGCGCAUUGACUGUAACAUUUUACAAAGUGUUUGUGGUUUACAGAGGGUUUCAACAAUCUUGCAAAAAUGCUUCACAAAUAUGUUGCCUUUCCAAGCUUGAAAUUAAAUUGGAAGCUGAGUGAAUCCCCAAUAAUCUAGCUAAGUUGCUUUGGUAUCUGCAUUUGUUUGGCUCUUAAGGCCAUUUCAGUCUGACUAAAUCACAAGGUGCCUGUCAAAAUUUGUCCCGGACAGGCACCAAGACAGACCUAUUGAUAGUUUUAUAGCAGAUGUCAACAGUAGCUAGAAACUACAGUUUGCCAAGAGGGAAAACGUCUCAGUCAGAGGAGUGUGAUUGUGGGAGAAAAACUGUAUUAAAGAGCUGUUAUGGCAUUGAUAAAAGGUUAUGAACUCCAUUAUUAUAACUUAAACUUAAGAAAUUGAGGCAAACACACUGCAAAACUUGGGAGAUUUAAUGAGAAGGAGGGAAAAAAAUAGAGCUAUAAAGAGCUGAUUUCUGAAGCAUAUGCAGAUCCUCUCUAAAGCAGAUCCUGGGCUGAAAAAAACGUAUUUUAAGGCCAGAUUUAAAAAAAAUGAUAUACAUCACUUAUGUAACAGGCAGACUCCAGUCAAAUAAAACUGCAAACAUGAUGUGGGUUUUAGCCUUGUCGCAAAGAAUGUGGAUAAGGUCUGCCCUUAAUCAUUUUAAAACUGGUUUUUACAAAAAUAAAAUAUUCUCUCUCUGUCCAUCUCUGCUUUGUCUUAUCAAUAACCUUUUUUUGUUUGUUUAUCACAAAUGCUGUUGUAUUCUACGACUGCUGACGCCCCGUUUCUAGUCACACUAGAAAAUAAAUUACGUCUCUAUUCAGCUUUAAAAAGUCUUUCUAUGAAAAUUAAACAAGUUUUUACAAAGGA